GGCAGCAGGGCUUGGGGUAAGAUACAGGGGAAGGAGGGCCUGGGGAGGGUGUGGCCGCCGCCGGGUCCUGGGGAUUGUAUCCCAGGGGCGGGGCAGAACUUCGGUCCCAGGGCUUGGGAACCCUCUGUGCGAUGGGCGUCGCCUCUCGCACCCAGCAACAGUGACUCACAAAGCCAGAGCGCACAGAGCAGAUGCCACCUCCCCUGGGCCCUGGAAGGCCUAGGUCACAAAGGCCAUUGAGACCGAGCCCCGAGGAGGCAUGUCUCAAGACAGCCCUGCGCAGCGCGCGUCCCUGCACCCCGCUACCUGGCUGGGCCUGGGCCUCCCGCCUAGACCCUGGCCCUGGGCGUUAGGGCUCGCGCAGAGCACCCGGUAGCCUCGACGCUCAUGUGUGUCGUCUGCUUCGUGAAGGCGCUGGUGCACGUGUUUAAGAUCUACCUGACCGCCAGCUACGCCUACAACUUCCGCAGCUGGCCAGUGGACUUCCGCUGGGAUGACGUGCGCGCCGGCGGCGGGGGUGGCAGCAGUUACCGCGCGCUGACGUGCGCAGCCGCAGCAGCGGGCGUGUGGCUACUGCACGGCGCGGCGCUGGGCGGGGACGCGCCUGGGAGGCCACUGCACGGGGCGCGUAGCCAGGCACAGUGCCUCCUGCAACAGAUCCGCGAGCUGCCGAGCCAGCUCGCCAGCUACGCACUGGCUCACUCGUUGGGCCGCUGGCUCGUGUACCCCGGCUCCAUGUUCCUGAUGACACGCGCGCUGCUGCCACUGCUGCAGCAGGGCCAAGAGCGCCUUGUGGAGCGCUACCGCGGCCGGCGCGCCAAGCUGGUGGCCUGUGACGGCAAUGAGAUCGACACCAUGUUCAUGGAUCGCCGCCAGCACCCAGGCAGCCAGGGCCGCGGCCUGCACCUGGUCAUCUGUUGCGAAGGCAAUGCCGGCUUCUACGAAAUGGGAUGCCUGUCGGCGCCGCUGGAGGCUGGCUAUUCGGUGCUGGGCUGGAACCACCCGGGCUUCGGGGGCAGCACGGGCGCACCGUUCCCUCGGCACGACGCCAACGCCAUGGACGUGGUGGUCAAGUACGCGCUGCACCGCCUUCACUUCCCGCCUGCGCACGUGGUGGUCUAUGGUUGGUCCAUUGGUGGUUUCACGGCCACCUGGGCCACCAUGACAUAUCCGGAGCUGGGUGCGCUGGUGCUCGACGCCACCUUCGACGACCUGGUGCCGCUGGCCCUCAAGGUCAUGCCCCACAGCUGGAAGGGGCUGGUGGUGCGCACCGUGCGCGAACACUUCAACCUCAAUGUGGCGGAGCAGCUGUGCUGCUACCCCGGGCCGGUGCUGCUGCUCAGGCGCACGCAGGACGACGUGGUCAGCACCUCGGGCCACCUGCGCCCCCUGCCGGCCGGCGACGUGGAGGGCAACCGCGGCAACGAGCUGCUGCUGCGCCUGCUCCAGCACCGCUACCCGGCUGUGAUGGAGCGCGAGGGCCUCACUGUUGUGACCCGCUGGCUGCGCGCAGGCAGCCUGGCACAGGAGGCCGCUUUCUAUGCGCGCUACCGCGUGGACGACGACUGGUGCCUGGCACUGUUGCGCUCCUACCGCGCGCACUGCGAGGACGAGCAGGAAGACGAGGAAGCCUGGGGACCACACGGGCUCUCGUUCCCGUGGCUCGUGGGCAAGGGCCUGAGCUCGCGGCGGCGCCGGCAGCUUGCGCUGUUCCUGGCGCGGAAACACCUCAAAAACGUGGAGGCGACCCAUUGCAGUCCGCUGGAACCUGAGGAUUUCCAGUUGCCCUGGAGGCUGUAGCCCGAGCCCCUGCGGCAAGUGGCGAGUACGCGCAUUCGCACACUGGCACACCGGGCGGGGCCUCAGAUUCGUUCCCCCCACCACCCCCAAACAGUAAAGCUGGCCCCGCCUGGCGAUCCUGACCUGGUGUCUGGAGGAGGAGGAGAGGGCGGUCCCGCUCCCUGCUUUCUCUCCCACCUCAAACACCUGUGGCCGUCCUAGUCUGCUCCCAGCUCCUAAAGGGAAUGCAAGGAUUAACCUGACCCAAUUAGCGGCAACGCUGUGUGACUGGUGCCUUGAUCAGCUCAAAAGGAUGGUGGGAACACAAGGCUGUGGGGCCCCAGGAGGUGCCUUUCACCUGGCCUGGGUUAUAGGAUGGCUCUGGGAAAGAUGAAUGUUGAAGGGUCUGUACAAGUCACCCCUAGCUGUAAAAGGACAUUGGCAUUGGAGUCCUAUAAAGCAGGUCUUGGCAGCUGGAGUGUGAUGCUGCUGCUCUGUAGGGUCCCCUUCUCACCUGCUGGCUUCUACAGGAGGGAUUCACAGUGGGACCAGAGAUUCAAAGUAAAAGGUACACACACAUACACACCUGCAUCGACCACUCAGCGCUGGGAACCCCCUUGACCCAGGCCUGGGCUCAGGGUUGCAAUACAGAGAUAAGUCCUCUGCCCACUGCUGUCUGUAAUACGGCCGCCUCCUUACCAUCUGCCCUGAACUGCACGAAGCAGGGACUACUGAC